CCUUUGCAAUAAUGCAAUGGGGUCAUUUAAUAUGUCUCUUUUCCAUUAUUAUUUUUCCAAAGUCUAUUGAGCGUGCAAAUUGGCCUCCCAUCACCACCACAAAAAAAAAAAAAAAUUGAAACAAAAAGAAGCCCUCAUUAUAUAUACACAUUAGGAAAGAGAAAAAUAAACAUAGUAAAGACAACAACAUUAAAGAAAAAGAAAAGACAGUACUCCCUUCUUUCUUCCUCCUUUUGCUCUUUUCAUCUGAAGAAUCUCAAUGGCUGCUUCUCCUAAUACUAGAACUCCAAGAUAUGGUCAAAGAGCCACCAAAUUUUCAACCCCAAUUUUCAAUCUUUCUUCUUCACCUUCUCCUUCUUUACAUGGUCAAGAUUCCCCUUUUAGCGCUUUUCAAUUCUCUAAAAAGGGCGUGCCAUUUUCUUGGGAGCACAUUCCUGGAAUUCCAAAGCAACAAAUUUCAAGGAAAAAUAGCUCUUCUUUAAGCCAACUACUUCCAUUGCCACCACCAGCUAGAAAUCCUUCAAAUUCAGCCAAGAAAAUACAAAGGUUUCGCGACGAAUUUUCUCCAAGAAAGAGUACUGCUAGUGAAGGUUUCAAGAAAGAUCCCUUUUUUGCAGCAUUUGUGGAGUGUUCCAAGGAUCAUCAAGAACGUCAUGAGAAUUUUAGUAAUAUGUGGAAGAGUACUACUUCUUCUUCAAAGGUAAUGGCAUCAUCAACAAGAAGUUUAAGUGACAAAUUUGGAUUCAUAAACAUGUAUGCAUCUUGUAAAAGAACUUGUACUGUUUCAGAGUCCAUUGUUCAUCUUCCAAGAUCAAGAAAUUAUGAUCUCCUUAGAACUCGUCGACCAAGCCGAUAAAAAAAAAAGUCACUCAAGUUUGGUGUUCAAAUUAUAAUUGGAAUAUUCUUUAACUUGUUUGAGAUUUAGACGUAAUUAAUGUUAUUGUAUGUUAUUUUUUUCAAACUUUUUUAUGCUUACAUAUCUUAGAAGUAGGGGUGUACAUGGACCGGGUUGGUUCGGAUUUUUUAUAAACCAAACCAAACCAUUUGUGUCGGAUUAUUAAAUCUAUAAACCAAACCAAACCAAUAAAAGUCGGGUUUUUUAUAUCAAUUUUUCUCGGGUUUUUUCGGGUUUUUCGGGUUUUUUU